AUGUCCCGCUUGUUGAGGCUCGGAGUGUUACAAAAUUGUGGUUUCUCGCAGGCUUUAACCCGCAGAGUUGCGGUGAAAAAUCUACCGUUGGUAUCGAGGAGGUGCCAAUCGACGGAAAGCUCGAAUGCGCCCGGUCCAGCCUCGACUACUUUCGAAGCCAUGGCUGAUAAAUUGGGAAAGGGUGAUGUAACCAGCGAGUUAGACUCAGAUUACGAUAUGUGGCUGACUGCAAUCAAGGAAGUGCGUGAACAGUUCAACUCGCAACCUUGGGAUCCAAAGACGCUGCUGGCUUCAGCAGGAGAAUCCGAAGCUGACUUGUCUGGUACCAAAGAAUUCAAAUGGGAACCAACCGAGGCUCAAAUUGCAGAGCGUGAUGCUUUGAUUGCGAAGGCUAUUCCAAAACUCCAGGAUGAUACUUUGAAUAUCUGCAUAAACAUCAUCAUGAAACAUGGUAAGAAGGAGAAGGCUAGAAAGGGCCUGAGUCAAGCACUGUACCAUGUGUACCUGCACACAAGAGAAGACCCAGUCAAAGUUUUGAAGUCGAGUCUGAAAAACCUCACGCCUUUAACGGAAACCAAGGUGCACAAGACAGGUUUCGCUAAGAACCAGGUUGUUCCUGUUCUGGUGACCCCUAGAAAGGGACUCAUUCUUGCAUUCAAAUGGAUCCUGGAAGGAGCCAACAAACGUGCCAGUUCCUCUCUGGGUGUCAGGCUUGGAGAAGAGAUCUUGGCGGUUCACUCGGGAAAGUCGUCUGGUUUCGAUAAGAGAGCGCAGCUACACAAGCAGGCCAUGUUACAGAGAGCACAUCUUAAGGUGUAA